GCUUCACUGACUGCAACAAUGAAUGUAAGCAAGCAUGUCCGGCUAGGGUGAAUGGAAGUUUACUCCAGUCAAACACUCACUACAUGCGUUCAUUGGACGUUCUGCCUCUCCAGAGGUUUCUACGGCACUGAGUUAAAUGGAGCUGGAGGACCAAUGGUGGAAGGGACAGCUCGCUGCAGACAUCUACCAGGCACUUCGGUUCAAAGAACUCAUGUUGCCGUCCUACAAAGGCCAGUCCCCUCAGCUCAACCUGAGGCGAUACUUCGCAGACCUCAUUGCCAUCAUCAGCAACCGCUUCCGGCUGUGUCCGGCGGCCCGACACCUGGCCGUCUACCUGCUGGACCUGUUCAUGGACCGCUACGAUGUCACUUUGCAGCAGCUUCACAUGGUCUCUCUCUCUUGUCUUCUUCUGGCCAGUAAAUUCGAGGAGAGGGAGGACCGGGUGCCCAAGCUGGACAUGCUGAACAGCCUGGGGUGUAUGAGCUCCAUGAAUCUGGUCCUAACCAAGCAGGGUUUACUGCACACUGAGCUCCUGCUGCUAGAAACCUUCCAGUGGAACCUCUACCUCCCCACGGCCGCUCAUUUCAUCGAGUACUAUCUGUCCAUCGCAGUCCAUGAGGGAGACCUCCACGAUGGCUGGCCGAUGACCUGCAUGGACAAGACCAAAGUCUACAUGGCCAAGUAUGCCGAGUACUUCCUGGAGGUUUCCUUGCAAGAUCAUGUGUUUUUGUGUUUUGUGCCCUCAUUGGUGGCCGCCGCCUGUGUGGCCGCCUCCCGCCUCGUCCUCCACCUAUCUCCGACAUGGCCUCCUCGCCUGCAGCGUCUCACCAACUACACAUGGGAGAGUCUAGUCCCAUGUGCUGAGAAACUACUCAUUGCACAUGACAGUGAUGUCAAAGAGGCCAACAAGUCGAAGCAGCAGCAGCAGCAGUCGGGCCAACCACCAUCGCAGCAGCAGCAGCAGGGCCCAGCGGUCUACCACAGCUCAGGUCAGACCACCGCCGUAGCCCAGUACAUGCACCGGCCCGGCCUGCAGUUUACCCAUCAGCCCCCGCAGCAAGGCCUGGCCGCCAACCACCACCAACCCGCCUCCUACCUCAGCCACUCCAGCGGCCCGCCAGCCCCCGGUGCCAACACUCCGUCUAUCACGACCUCACUCGACCCCAAAUCCAACAUUCCGAACAGGGCUUACCCACUUAGCAUGCACUACACCUGCGCCACCCCAUGCUUCGACUGAUGAUGGAUUUUCAGGGUUGAGUCGUUUUUUUUGGAGGAAGAGAUAAGAGAUGUGAUCUGUUUCUCUUGGACGUAACCUUACACUGAACGAAAGAGUGUUUUUAAUUUGACGAGACUGGAUGAGAUUAGUGCAGCACUUUGAACCAGAAGGUGUACGCAAUGUGCAAUAUGCAGACUCUGCUGUAGUUUUCUGUGGAGAGCCUGCAUGAGGAUUUUGUUUCCAGAUGUUUGAGAUUCCAGGUGUGAAUGUUGUGAGGUGACUAGAGGCCGACUUUGCACCGCUGUACCACUAGUGUUACUGUAUCGUUUAAUUAUGCUACAGACCAAAAGUUUUGCAUUAUUUGAGCCAGAUUACCUCAGAGGUAUUGAAUGUAUAAAUACGUUGUGCCUGCAGCCAUGGAUGGCCUUUAUUAUGCGAAGAAACAAAAGGGAUUUAUGUCAGUUUUGUGAUGGGCAAGUAAAUUGGCACAGUUUGGUAGGUGUUCUGUACCUCGAUUUCUUUUCCUUUUUUUUUUUAGUUUUUUUUUUCUUGAGUGUUGUGAGAAACGAGAAAUAAUAUAGUCCUCUAGAUGUCACAGUUUAUUUGCAGAGAAAAUAGUUACUCUUCUGUACACAGAGGAUUUCGGUCAGUGCUGUGCACUUGUAAUGAUUAUAGUUUUAAAUAAAAAUACAAAUCUGUGUUGAA